CGAACGAAAAUAAAUUCGUAAACAAAGAGAGGCGAAUGUGUUAUUAAAUAAAACGAAAAUCUUAAAUAGAUUUCGUUUGAAUAUUCUGUACUAAUGCUAAGGAGCAUCUGUAGGAUCCUAUUUGUUUAAUAUGAUGUGAUAAAUUGUACUGAUUUCCAGUAGAAUGGAAAAUAGUGUAUUGAAGAACACACGGGAAAACUAUCAGACUAGUGAUUAUAACAAUCCGUGUCUUAAGGAACACAGACUAUCAUUGAAGUGUCUGGACGACAACAGCUACGAUAAAGAAAAAUGUGAAAUUUUCUUCGCAAAUUACAAAGUGUGCAAGGCAUUUUGGACCCACGUGAGGAACGAGAGGAAGCGGCAAGGCAUCGAGCCGUUCUUGCCACCGCCAGAGGAGCGCGUGAAGAUAAAGGAAGAGUUCUUGCAGAAGAUGAGGCAAGCAGGCGGCAACACGUAACGACAGCCACACGUGUACCACAUUCGGAGCUUUAGUCACCGGGAAUAGUGUAUGGCGUAUCUUAGCAUGCAAUCCUGUCGAUAAAAACACUUUCAAAUGAUAGUGUACUGGAAUUCUCUAUGUAGUUUCAGAGUAAAGUCAUGUGACCAUUGCCUUCCUCGAAGAAUACACAAUUCAAGAAUUCAGUUUGAAGAGUGCUAAGUAAAGUAACAUACCACAACAUAAGUCAAAAAAUUAUAAAUUAAUUUAAAAAAAAAAAUUAUAUAUAUGAUUAACUGGAGUUGCACUAUAGUUUCUAUCUGAAAGAUAAUUGAGCAAAUCAAGACUCUAUGACACUUUGUAAGUGUGAAGAGUGGUUUGAUUGAUGCAAGCUAGUUGGGUUUUCUCACGGUGCUGUGGGUAUUAUAUUGUGGUACAAUAUCUAAUGGAUAAAAGUAAACCUGUACCGGAACACAA